AUAAAAUAUUGACUCUUUAAUGCUGCAAAUAAUAUAUAUUUAUACCCAGUACUCAUAGAGUCAAGGAGUAUAUUCGUGUAGAUAUAGUCAUUCUCUAUAAAUUUUAGUUUUUCGUAUCUUCAAAAUUGUGGAUGCCACAGAUUUUCGGAGAAAUUGUGAUAUUUUAAAACAUUGUGAUAUCAAAGGAGACUGGACACAAAAUUUGUUUUCUCUAGCUCUUAUAGUCUCUAAAAUCUUGACGAACAAACGGAAAAUCAGACAUGGCUCUAUCGCUAUAUCGCUAUAUCCCUUUUUCUAAUCGGAAAGCUCGCCUGCAUAGCAGAAAUCACAUCUACACCGAUCGUCAUCGGAAGCACAAGUUCCGUCGUCUGGCACAGUGGCCCUGUCUCACUAGCAUUACAAAUCGAAAUAAAAUGAUUUAUCGAAAUCUUUUUUUUUUGUUUUAAUUAUUUUAAUCAAUCCAGUGGCGCCUCUGAAGAAGCUCAGUGGCUCAACAGCCACAGUUUAAAAGAACAUACAUAGUUAAUUAACAAAUGCUAAAUGCUGAAUAUGCCAAUACUUUUGUUCGCCUUAUUUUAUACUUUUUCGAUUAAAAUAUUUCACCAAAUAAUGAGUCAAUCUUAUAUCGUAUAAAAUUACUUUUCUUGUGAAAAUCACUGUAUAUGAAGUGUAUUUACAUAUACUUAUACUGGCUGGCAAUAUACAAAUACAGAUCAAUUAGAAAUGACUUCAUUUAUAAUUGCAAAUAAAUUGCAUAAGAAACAUAUAGGUGGUAUACGUAAAUUAGUGAUUCUGUCAUGCGGAAACCCACUGGGCACUCGAUUAGGCAUUGGGUAAUUGGUACAGCAUUACCAUGUGGUCCAAGCUGCUUUUCAGUGCUCUCUUCGGAAUUUUCCUAGCCGCCAACUUUGAAGUUAAUGAUGCUGUGGUCUUUAGGUUCACGAACUUCGUCUGCAAAAGCUACAACACAUCCGCGUUUGUGUUCAAUAACUGUCGCCUGAAGGCCGUCAGUCGGGAAAAGGUGCUUCUCAAUAUGAAUGGGACGAUACUACAUUCGGUAAAUAAUGUAUCGCUUCAUGCCAAGGUUUUUAAAAAAGCAAACGGCUUCCAGCCGUGGCUUCUGGAAGGAACCAUCGAUGCGUGCCGAUUUUUGCGAAAGACCUAUAAUCCGUUUAUGCGUAUAGUCUACAAUCUUUUCAAGGAAUUUUCCAAUAUCAACCACACAUGUCCGCUUGUGGGUCCACAAAUUGUGAAGGAUUUCUAUCUGAAGCCCGAAAUACUGCGACUGCCCUUUCCAACCGGAGAUUAUAUGUUGUCGAUGCAGUGGUUCUUUUAUAAUAGACCACAAUUCGAUACGAAUGUUAGUUUUGCCUACGUGGAGGAUCUACUGGUACUAAAAAAGAAAAACUAAUUCAAUAUAUUUUUAAAGUACAAUUGAGAAUUCAUUUUUUUCUUUUAUUGUUUGAUUAAAAGUCAAUUAUUAUGACGCGAAAUGGUGGUGCAAUGGCUGCCUGACUGCCUUUGGACAGAAGAAUCUCA